CCCGGUUUUCCCGGACAACCAGGACGUCCAGGAGCAGACGGUAUUACCGUUGGAACAUAUCAGGAAGAACUUCAAGGAUGUAUCCGAUGCCCUGUUGGACCUCCAGGGCCACCUGGGCAAAUGGGAUACCCCGGGCAGCAGGGUCCACCUGGACCACCUGGUACGCCUGGACAAGUCGGAUAUCCAGGACCUCCAGGAGAAUGUGGACCUCCCGGAGAUCAGGGACCACUCGGAGCACCUGGACUUCCGGGUCCUCCAGGAGAAAAUGGAUUUGACGCUGUGCUACGUGUGAGCGUACCAGGACCUAAAGGUCCAACAGGAAGGCCCGGUCCUGCUGGAAGGCCAGGACCGCAGGGAUACUGUCCACCGCCUGGUGCUCCAGGUCCAAUGGGACAGCCCGGUCCCCCAGGACAACCUGGCAAACAAGGGCCUUUGGGACCACCUGGAUAUCCCGGAGUACCUGGCGUGCCUGGACAAGAUGGAGAGUACUGCCCAUGUCCACCAAAGUCUACCGGUACCAACAAUUAUGAAGUACCAAGUAAAGAUGAGUACGCUGCGCAAUAUGAUGGUGCUCCUUAUGGUAACAACGUAGAUCAAGGGUAUGAUAACCCUCAGGAGUCAAGAGCCGAGUACAGAAGGAGAGUGAUCGCUCGUAUGCUCAGAAGGCGUCGACUACUCUCUCAGAAGAAACAGAUCUGA